AUGAGUAGUGUUGCCGCAGCACAGAAUAAGAUCAACGACUUGCUGGAGGCGAUCAGACAAGAGUUUGCGAAUGUGUCGCAGGAAGCGAACUCGUAUCGUUUGCAAAACCAGAAGGACUAUGAUUUCAAAAUCAACCAGCAGUUGGCUGAAAUGCAACAGGUUCGUAACUCUGUAUACGAGUUAGAGUUGACGCACAGGAAGAUGAAGGAUGCUUAUGAGGAGGAGAUCAACAGGUUGAAGCUAGAACUGGAACAAAAGGAUCGUCAAUUGGCUUCUCUAGCCCACGGUGGUGGUGUGGGUGGUGUUACUCCGCAAGUGCCUCAACUAGGCAGAAACGGCGCACAGGGCAACCAGAAUCAAGCCCCACCUAAUAUUCCUCAACCUAUGGUUUCUCAAAAUGUUGGCGGUGGUAUGUCUUCGCAGAUGGCUCCAUUGAACCCACAACACACGCAGCAGGCGACUUCGAAUGCAGGAGAACAGGCUGCAGCCAAUUUGGCACCAGUUGCGCAGCAACAGCAACAGACAUUACCAUCUGUGCCAGUUCCUGCUCAAUCUGCUGUCCAACCUCAACCUCAACAUCCAGCUCAGGCUCAGGCUCAGGCCCCAGUUCAGGCCCCAGUGGGUGCUGUAGAGCCACAAGGCGCAACAGUGACACCAAACGGUACCAAUACGCAGCAACAACAACAACAACAACCACAACAACAACAGCCGGCUAGCACGGCAUCUACUGCCCCUGCCACUGCAUCCACUGCCCCACCUACUUCUGCUCCUUCUGAACAAGUUGCUCAAGCAGCUGCCGGUGGCCAGACUGGACAAGACCACUACUUGGUUCCAGCUAACCAAAGAGCUGUCCAUGCUAAGCCAAUUCCUCCAUUCUUGUUAGACUUGGACUCCCAACUGGUCCCACCUCAUUUGAAGAAACAGAACAAUGACUACUAUGUGCUUUACAACCCAGCGCUACCUACAGACUUGGAUGUGGAACUACACAUGUCUUUGGAUCACUCGUCUGUUGUUUGUUGCGUGAGAUUCAGUUCAGACGGUGAAUAUUUGGCUACUGGUUGUAACAAGACCACUCAAGUCUACAAGGUCUCCACUGGUGAAUUGGUUGCUAGACUUUCUGAUGAUUCCGCUUCUCAACCUCAACAGCCAGCCCAAUCUGGCUCAGGGGAAGCGGCAGGUGCCAACGGCAAUGGAGCAGGUUCGGAGGAGGAUGCUUCAAAUAACCAAAACUCUGCAGCUGCUACUGCUUCCUCAGACUUAUACAUUCGUUCCGUUUGUUUCUCUCCUGACGGUAAGUUCUUGGCUACUGGUGCAGAAGAUAAGUUAAUCAGAAUCUGGGAUUUGGAAAGCAAGAAGAUCGUUAUGACGUUGAAGGGUCACGAGCAAGAUAUUUAUUCGUUAGACUACUUCCCAUCAGGAAAUAAGUUAGUGUCUGGUUCUGGCGACCGCACUGUUAGAAUAUGGGAUUUGACUACCGGGACUUGUUCCUUGACACUAUCAAUUGAAGAUGGUGUUACCACUGUUGCUGUCUCGCCAGGAGAAGGUAAGUUCAUUGCCGCUGGUUCUUUGGACCGUACAGUUAGAGUUUGGGAUUCAGACACUGGGUUCCUCGUAGAGAGAUUAGAUUCUGAAAACGAACUCGGUACAGGUCAUAGAGACUCGGUAUACUCCGUCGUGUUUACAAGAGAUGGUAAAGGAGUUGUCUCUGGUUCUUUGGACAGAUCAGUCAAACUAUGGAACCUAAAUGGUCUAAGUGGCCAAAAGAGUCAUGCAGAAUGUGAAGUCACAUACACUGGACAUAAGGAUUUCGUUUUGUCUGUGGCUACUACACAAAAUGACGAGUAUAUACUUUCUGGUUCAAAAGACCGGGGUGUUUUGUUCUGGGAUACAAAAUCCGGUAACCCACUACUGAUGUUGCAAGGACAUAGAAACUCUGUUAUCUCUGUCACUGUUGCUAACGGUCACCCACUCGGUCCAGAAUAUGGUGUGUUUGCUACUGGUAGCGGUGACUGUAAGGCUAGAAUUUGGAAAUACUCCAAGAAGAACCCUCAACAAAACUCAACACAGAUAAAGGAGAUUAAAGAAUAA